GAAGUAUUUCCUGGCUGAGUCGUGAUCUUUUGCAGAUUUGGGGGGAGUUUUUGAGUUGUUGUUUUUUUUUAACUCAGAUCUCAGUGUUUCAUGUUUUUCCGGGCUAAAUCUUGGUGUUUUGGAGGUUUUUAGGUCCCAGGAUGCCCGGUGAGUUCUAGAGGUGGACUGGGGCAGGAGGAACCCCCAAGGCAACGUGCUCAACCCUUGUUUCCCCCCCAGCAGGAUUUAUUCUUCCCAAAGCUUGGGUGGAUGAAGGAGGAGGCUGCGAGGAAGCUGCCACGGGCCCCCCAGGCAGGCCCCGAGCUGAGGACGGAGAGCACGGAGGACAAAUCCCCCCGGCAGAGCCUGGUGGGAGAGGCCGUUUUGAAGGUCCCCCCGGCGCAGGAGGAGGAGGAGGAGGAAAAGCCACAAAGGUACCCCCGGAGGAGGAGCUGCAAAGCCAUCCCAGGGAGCUCCGAGGAGGAACAACCGACCCUGUGCCAGGAAGGCGACCAGAACUCCGAGCUGGUGGUCCCUGAACAGCCUCCCAGCAGGGAGAAACCCUUCAGGUGCUUGGAAUGUGGGAAGAGCUUCAGGGAGAGCUCCAAACUCCUCACUCACCAGCACAUCCACACUGGGGCACGGCCCUACCCUUGUGGGGAAUGUGGGAAGAGCUUCAGGAACAGCUCCAACCUGCUCCUACACCAGCGCAUCCACACUGGGGAACGGCCAUACAUGUGUGGGGAAUGUAGGAAGAGCUUCAGGCAGAUCUCCCACCUCAUCCAACACCAGCACAUCCACACUGGGGAACGGCCCUACAAGUGUGAGGAAUGUGGGAAGAGCUUCAUGCAGAGCUCCCACCUGAUGCGACACCAGCUCAUCCACACCGGGGAACGGCCCUACAAGUGUGAGGAGUGUGGGAAGAGCUUCAGUGACAGCUCCAACCUCUGCACCCACCGGCGCAUCCACACUGGGGAGCAGCCCUACAAGUGCUUGGAAUGUGGGAAGAGGUUUCAGACCAGCUCACGUCUCCUCAAGCAUCAGCGGACACACACAGAGGAAAGGCCCUUCCGCUGCACCGACGGUGGGAAGAGCUUCAACCAGAACUCCACCCUCGUCACCCACCGGCGCAUCCACACCGGGGAGGUGCCCUAA